UCGAUAUUUUUUAUCAUCGGGUUUGAAAAGUUGGACAGCGAGCAGCAACAGAGCAAAAAGUAUAUUGAAAAGGAAAAGCUGAAUAAAAAAAGGAAACGGGAUUGGAAAACUGUCCUUAGUUGGCCUCAGACUUUAAUCAUUGCGAGCAAAUGAACAACAACCAAGUUGUCGGCCGGGGAGGUGGCAAACCGGGGAGGUGUGAAUUAGAACUCAUUUGGCUGAGUGUGCCUCGAGAAACAGACACGGUUUCCUUGAUUGAUGAAUUUAUGUCGCGUGUCUCUUGAUAGAACACGAUCAAUUACUGUACACCAUUACGUAUAUAUAUAUACAUAAAAAAAUAUUUAAAUGUAAAUUCAAUGCCAACUAGAAAAAAAACUAAUACUACUACUGCUACUACUACUAAUAAUAAUAAUAAUAAUAAAUAAUAAUGUGUAAUACACGAGAACGACACAAUCGCACGGAAGAAUCGUGAUAUUGAAUAAUAAUAAAAAAUAAUUUAGCAUAAAAAAGUAAGAAAAUGUUUUUGGUAAAUCGAUAGAGUGGAACUGAAUUAUUCACUUCCGUUUAAUAAGGAAGUAAUCAUGGUCUGUCAAUAAUAAUUGGACAUCUGUAAAUGAGUCUGGUAUUUGAUUACACUCUAGCGUAGAAGAUAAAUAAUAAAAAAAGAAAUUAUUAUUAUUACAUAUAUGUGUAUAGACAUAUAUAAAAAUAUCUAGAUAAGAGGUACACACGAUACAGGUUUAUUUUUAAAUCGAUUGAAAGGGUUAAGAGGAAAUAAAAGUAAAAAAAAAAAGCAAAUAGAGUAGGAAGGAAGGAGAGUAAAGAGGCCAUCGGAAGAGACGGAGGAAAUUCGAGAAGGAAAUCCAUCUAAGGAGCAGCCCUCGGUUUUCCCAGGCUAAUGGUUGUCCUGAGGUGUGUCACUUUUUAAAAUUCGUGGCCCAGCAGGAACCGCAGCUUAGCCGAGCAACUGAGUGGUUUGUGAAAAAAGACCUGACCCAUUACUUAUUUCAGCCGUCGAAAAAUCUAAAUUGUUUUUUUUUUAUCCAUUUUUUUUAUUAAAACAUCCAGCUGGAGCAGUAAUGUGGAGCACUUGUCGUCUGCUCUGAUCGUUCUCAGUCCCAGUGAGACUUUGAAUCGAUAACGCAGUUGCCUCGUGCUCUUGGUACUGCCACCGCAAUAUAUAUCACAACGUCUAUGACAAAUACAAAUACAGAUACAAAUACAAAUACAAAUACAAAUACAAAUACAAAUACGAGUACGAAUGUAAGAGCAUACAAUACGAGGUCUAUAAGAGAACAACGAAAGCACAUGCUGUAUUAUUUGUCGAGAUUAUCCAAGUGGACGUCGGAAAACAAGUGGAUGAAUAAUAAGACCGACCGAGGACUCUGAUAAAAAAUUCAAGGAAAUGAAUAUAAUAAAUAAUAAUAAUAAUGAUAAUGAUAACAACAAUAGGAAAAAACAUAAAGAGAAAUAAUAAUUCACUGAUGUAGCUUUCUCGUUUAUCUCGACAUGAGGAAUGUUCCAGUCAAACGGAAACAUUAACAAAGGAAAAGAUAAACGGUUUAAGUAUUUGAGGUAAUUGCCAGAUGAACGAUUUUUUUACAAAUCGAUUAGAUACAAUACUGAAAUUAUUUUUAUCUGAUGAAAAUAUUUACGGCUUAUCAUCUAUAUAAGUACAUAUAUAUGUAUAAAAUUUAUUGAUAAAGGAGAAGAAAUGUUUGUUGGUAUUUAACAACCGAUAAAUAAAAAAUCUAAAAACAUUGUGCUUAGUCAUCCUUGUCUUGCCCUCUGGGGAAAUACGGGCGUUACAUUGGAUUGGUUUUUGUUCCGCCGCAGGACGAGCUACUGAACUGAGGGCGAAAGGGUGAGAUCCAGGGAGAGACAGGGGAAGGAAAGAGAGGAGAGACGAGAGAAGAGAGGAAAGGGCUGGCGAUACUGAGAGGAUGAGACGGGUGAAAUUGAUUGCACACGUUCAAGAGACCUAAUAACCUUCGGACAUGGGUCAAGCUACGAGGAAACGUAAAACAUCGAGCUAUCAGUCUGCUCGUUAAAUUUAUUUUUACUAUAAUUUAUUUAUGGGCUUAAUGGCUACGGGUUAUGGCUUACAGUUAUUAAGAUAGUUCAUGGUUAUUAUUAUGAUUAUUAGGUAGCUGUGCUAGUCAGACCUCAUAAUAUUUUGUGACUAAACAUAUAAAUAUAUAUAUAUAUAUAUAUAUAUAUACAUAUAAAUUUAAAAUGACAAAGUGGCUAUUAAUUGUUAUUUUACAUCUGAUGGUUCUGCUGGAGAGCGGCCAAGUCGGUUGGUCCCGACAACCGACUGAACGCGAGGCGAUAUUGAUACCUGGUGAUAUCGUCCUCGGCGGGCUGUUUCCGGUACACGAAAAGGGCGACUUUACGUGCGGACCGAAAAUUUAUAACCGCGGGGUACAGAGACUCGAGGCGAUGCUGUUUGCUGUCGAUCAGAUAAACAAAGACGAUAAAAUAUUGCCGGGUAUUUCAUUGGGUGUCCACAUUCUUGACACUUGCAGUCGCGAUACCUAUGCGCUGAAUCAAAGCCUGCACUUUGUCAGAGCCUCGUUGUCGAACUUGGACAUCAGCGUACUGGAAUGCGCGGACGGAACUCCGCCGCGGAUGAAAAAAGCUGCUGCUGCUGGACGGAUUUUUGGGGUCAUCGGUGGAUCAUACAGUUCUGUUUCACUUCAGGUCGCCAAUUUGCUGAGGCUCUUUCAUAUUCCUCAAAUAUCACCGGCCUCGACGGCAAAAGCUCUCAGCGAUAAGACGAGAUUUGACUAUUUCGCACGUACUGUGCCGCCUGAUACAUUCCAGUCGAUUGCGCUUGUUGAUGUUGUCAAAAGCGCUAACUGGUCUUACGUGUCUACUGUUCAUUCUGAGGGAUCUUAUGGAGAAUCUGGUAUCGAGGUAUUUACCCGUCAGGCAACGGAACGUAAUGUAUGUAUAGCAGCAGCCGAAAAAGUUCCAAGUGCCGCAGAUGAUAAAGAUUUUGACAGUAUUAUUCAACGUCUAUCUAAGAAAUCAAAUGCCCGUGCUGUUGUGCUCUUCACACGCGCCGAAGAUGCACGGAGAAUAUUAGAGGCAGCACGUCGAUCAAACAUAACUCAGCCGUUCCAAUGGAUUGCGAGCGACGGCUGGGGACGGCAAAACAAAUUAGUCGAGGGUAUUGAAGACGAAGCAGAGGGUGCCAUUACCGUUGAGCUCCAGUCCAAAACCAUACCCAGUUUUGACGACUACAUGCAAUCUCUGACACCUCAAAUAAAUAAACGUAAUCCGUGGUUCGGCGAAUACUGGGAAGAUGUUUUUGACUGCACACUACCAAAAAAUCAACCUGUGAUAAUUAAAAAAUAUAAUAAUAAUAAUAAUAGUAGUAAUAAUUAUAAUAGUAAAAAUAUAAAUAUUUGUUCGUCGAAAUUACGACUGUCGCCGUCAAAGGGAUACGAGCAAGAGUCUAAAGUACAAUUUGUAGUUGACGCAGUGUACGCUUUUGCACUGGCACUUAACAAUUUACAAAAAGAUCUCUGUAAGGGUAAGGGGCUUUGUCAAGCGAUGAUCGAUUACGACAAGGGGAUCUUCUAUAAGAACUAUCUACUCAACGUGUCGUUCACAGAUUCUGCUGGCAGUGAAGUGAAAUUUGAUGAACACGGCGACGGUCUCGCGAGAUAUGAAAUCCUUAAUUUUCGUAAAAAUGAUCCUAAUAUUAGUAAUGGGUACAACUAUCAAGUCGUGGGAAAGUGGUACAACGGAUUGAGUAUAAAUAUUGACGAAUUUGUGUGGGCAAAAGGAGCUGACAGUAUUCCAACGUCGGUGUGUUCGUUACCCUGCGAAUCGGGAAUGAUUCGCAAGCAACAGGGAGAUACCUGUUGCUGGGUGUGCGAUCGCUGUGAGGAAUACGAAUACGUUUAUGAUGACACCACUUGUAAAGAGUGCAGUCCUGGAUACUGGCCGCAUCCAGACAAACGUGGCUGCUAUGCGCUCCCGGUAAAAUACAUAAGAUGGGACAGUGCCUUCGCGAUCGCACCGGCAGUGAUAUCGUGUCUGGGUAUCAUUGUCACACUCGCAGUCGCUGGACUGAUGUUUCAUCACCGCAGUACUCCGGUUGUCAGAGCCUCGGGUCGUGAAUUGACAAUUAUAUUACUUGCGGGUGUACUUGUUUGUUAUUUAAAUACUUUUGUUCUGCUUGCCCAGCCAACUUUUGCUACAUGUGUACUCCAGAGGUUCGGUGUAGGCGUUAGUUUCAGCGCCGUCUAUGGAGCGCUGUUGACCAAAACUAAUAGAAUCGCGAGGAUCUUCGACUCGGCAUCAAGAUCUGCGGUUCGUCCCAAGUACAUCAGCCCGCGGUCGCAGGUGUGCAUUGCGACCUUCCUUAUAGGACUGCAAGUGAUGCUAACCCUCGUGUGGAUGAUAGUCGAGCCCGCGGGUACUCGUCACUUCUACCCAGAUCGCCGUCAAGUUAUUCUUAAGUGCAAUAUACAAGACAUGAGUUUUUUAUUUUCUCAGCUAUAUAACGCGCUUUUAAUAGUAAUAGCAACAGUUUAUGCAGUGAAAACGCGAAAAAUACCUGAAAACUUUAACGAGAGUAAGUUUAUCGGUUUCACAAUGUACACAACAUGUAUAAUAUGGUUAGCGUUCGUGCCGAUUUACUUUGGCACCGGUAAUGCACAUGAAAUACAAAUAACGACACUCUGUGUUGCCAUAAGUUUAAGCGCAUCAGUGACAUUAGUGUGUUUGUAUUCGCCUAAAGUAUAUAUCAUAGUCUUCCAACCAGAUAAAAAUAUACGGGGUAAAGUAACAAUGGGUAGUAGUACAUUUAAAAAACAAGGAAGCAGUGCUGGUACUUCAUCCGUUGCUAAAUAUACCGGUUGUGAGAUGAGCAGCGAACAUGUACCAUUACGUAGUGCAUUGUGUGCUGUCGUUCAAACCUCAGUGGGAGUUACCGGCGUUACGGAAAUUUCACAGUCAUCGAACGCUUCUGAACAAGUCGCUCAGUUAUAAAUAUAUAAAUACAAAUACAAAUACAUAUUAUAAAUAUAUAUAUAUCUAAAUAAAUAAAUAAAGACUCGACAGACUAUAGACCUAGUCAAUAAAACAUAAAAAAUAACUUAAGAUAAAAAGACUUGACAGUGUAACUGUUUAUCUUCAAAAGAUAUUUAAAUUAACAAAAUAAAAAGCCUAAAAUUGUCGACGUGCUAAAGAAUUUCGAACGUUUAUAGACACCUGUCAACUACACUUAAAUUAUCAAAUAAUUUUCGAUGAAUGAAUGCAAGAUUUACAAUAUAAAUAUAUAUAUUAAUA